AUGCCUACCACAAGAUCUGGGCGCGAGUCCAACCCUGAGGUGCCCUCAGCGUCCAAGACCAAGUCUGCACGUCCACGGCGACUCUCAAGUCCCCACAAGGCAAAGAAGGCUUCUGGGGGAGCAUUGGCUGCAUCGAAUAGACGCCGCAGCCGCAUAAUGAGCACCGAGGCAAAGCACGAAUGGACGCACCAGUACUACCAAGGCCUGGAUGCCAACGACUUUCCCGAGCUUGAAUCCGAGGCUGUCCCGUCUAGCGCCGUCAAAGCCGACUUUAUCUCCCCGUUUGAAGGAGAGGGCACCUUUGAAGUUGUAGCUGGGAAAGAGGGGCCUGGCAGCGGAGCUGUCCGACUUUCUAGAGUUAAAGAUGGCCACUCGGAUACUUUUAUCGUACCCAUUCGACAUAUCGAACAAGCCAUCGUCGUCGCCCGAAGAACCGAAGACGGCCCGUUCACAAUGAUAGUGGUCCCCACUGCAGCCGUCGGUGCCUCUAGCGUCACCAAGAAGUAUCCCAAGAUCAUUCGACUCCACUGGCCUUGUUCAGAGCCUGGGAAACCUCUUCCAAAGGCCCCUGAAGGGCAAACGCCUGUCCUCAAGACUACCGAGAAUAUAUUGAACGAACAGCUGGCUCCGCAGAGUAAAGAAGUAAUCGUGCAUGUAGACAAGACGCCGGCUCCAGCCGACCAGCCGGUGUUCAAAUGCUUCGCCCAACUCAAGUCAGUCCCGGACAGCUACAUAGAGAGAGGUGAAGGAUCCCUCUUCUUCCUCCCGAUGGGAAUACUCUGGCUGGGAGAAAGCACAAUCUAUCUCUCGAUCAAAUCUCUCUCCAGAGGCCUUCUCACCUUUGCCAGGGACGCAGCCUCUAAAACAGCCCCGAACCCCCCAUGGCCUAUUGUGGCAAUGGGGCUGUUUCUGCCGGUGUCGGCGCCCUUCUACAAUGCGAAGGACGAGGAUGAUGAUGGGACUAUCCUUGAGUUCCAGGAUAUCGAGAACUACAGCUCAGUCAAAGACAAGAUCAUAUCGUACUUUGAGGAACACAAUGUCCAGCUUGAUCAGGUGGAGCAGCAUUUCUACAACUACAAGGAAGACGAACCAAUGAGUGGAUUUGGCCCUCUUAUGGAGGACUAA